UCAGGAGAGCAAACACCGAGUGCGACUCUGCGUCAUGGCUUCUCUUCAGUGUUUCAGUCUGAAGCCGGUUCGUGGAGAAGUUUCAGGUUUGUAAAGUUUGUUUCUCUGCAGGUUGAUGGAGGUGAAGUUUCUGCAGAGUCCUCCUUCAGCGUGGUCUUCCUCCUCUCUCUCGUACGGCGCUUCAUCACCCUGAAGAUGGUCCAGCGGGGACAGACGUCGCCUCGAAGUGCCGAGCGACAGCGUGGGUUCGAAUCCCACUAAAGGAAACACAACAACAUGCUGUCGCUCCUUCUUCACACCUUCGUCUCCGUCUGUGUCGUCACAGCGCCAGCCCGUGUGUCGGCGGUCACCACGGAGACGGUGGUGGCCGGGAGGAAGGUGACGCUGCCGUGUCGUUCGGAGGCGGUGAGUCGGGGAGGAGUGGAGGUGUGCUGGGGUAGAGGACGGCCGUCAUUGUUCAGCUGCCACAACACUGUGAUCAACGCCGCCGGAGAUCAGAUCACAUACAGGAGGUCACACAGGUACUCAGUGUCCUCCUCCUCUCUGUCCAUCGUUAACUCUCGACCGUCAGACUCUGGUUUCUAUCACUGCAGAGUUCAGCUGCCCGGCCUGUUCAACGACCAAACAUUCACCGUUCUCCUCAUCGUCAUCAACCCCCGCUCUGUGGUCUCUGACUCUUCAGCAACAGAAACCAGUUCCCAGGAUGCCGAGAACCUGAACGCACCACACGCGACAGGUGACACGGGACAGGUGACAGAGAGAGGAAGUGAUGUCACAGGGGACGACACCACGGGGCCGAUGGUGGCGCUGGUUCAGUCAUCCGUCCAGCAGCAGCAGGUCAACAGUCUGCAGAGCUUCAUUGGAAACACAGUGCGAGUGUCCUUCAUCACCUUCAUACCUGCACUGCUGCUGACUGCUGCUUACAGAGUUUGGCGGUAUAAACAGAGAUCAGAGACUGACAGGAGGCUGAACCAAUCAGAGGAGCAGGAGGACAGCUCUGUGUAGCGACAGACAGUCUGUACUGAGCACAACUGUCUGCUGGGAAACCCCCGUUUCUCUGCACGACCGACUGACUGUAGUCGAUGGCGUCAUCGUCCUCCUGUAAAAGCUGUUAUUUUGCUCCAUCGAUCCUCAUCAUAUACAUUUCACAACUAUCAAUAAAACAGAAACACACAAUCCUAACAACAACAAAGAGAACAAGAAAACAAAACACAUUAAUCGAACAAGCUCAAAGUCAUUAUCUUAACAUGUUAAUUACAUACAUGUUCGCAUCUUCUCAGCCAAUAGAAGCUGAAACAUUUGUACCGUCCGAUAAUAAAGCUUCAGAUUUCCAA